AGACCUUUUCCCUCGCGGUUUGGAGAGGUCCGUUCUGCCGACCCUGGACGGGGAGAUUCAGGACGCUGCCGGCGGCUCUCGAGUGUCGGUCUCACGACCUGUCCCGGCGUUAUGGGUGUGAUAGGUAUACAGUUGGUUGUUACCAUGGUGAUGGCCAGUGUCAUGCAGAAGAUAAUACCUCACUAUUCUCUUGCUCGCUGGCUACUCUGUAAUGGCAGUUUGCUUGGCUCCUCUUUGCACAGAGGAGCAAUGGUUCAGUGUUUCGCGGCGACUUAAUAGACCAUAACUACCGCGAAUAACGAGAAUCAACUUUUGAGGUGGUAUCAACAUCCUUCAGAAGAAGAAUUGAGAAUCCUUGCAGGGAAGCAGCAGAAAGGAAGAAGUAAAAAAGACAGAAAAUACAAUGGUCAUAUUGAAAAUAAGCCACUAACCAUUCCAAAAGAUAUUGACCUUCAUCUAGAAACCAAGUCCGUUACAGAAGUGGAUACUCUAGCAUUGCAUUACUUUCCAGAAUAUCAGUGGCUGGUUGACUUCACAGUGGCUGCUACCAUUGUGUAUUUGGUAACUGAAGUCUACUACAGUUUCAUGAAACCGACACAGGAAAUGAAUAUCAGCUUAGUCUGGUGCCUCCUGGUCUUGUCUUUUGCAAUCAAAGUUCUAUUUUCAUUAACUACACACUAUUUUAAAGUAGAAGACGGUGGUGAAAGGUCAGUUUGUGUCACCUUUGGAUUUUUUUUCUUCGUUAAAGCAAUGGCAGUUUUGAUCGUAACAGAGAAUUACCUGGAAUUCGGGCUUGAAACAGGGUUUACAAAUUUUUCAGACAGUGCGAUGCAGUUUCUUGAAAAGCAGGGUUUAGAAUCUCAGGGUCCUGUUUCAAAACUUACUUUCAAAUUUUUCCUGGCUAUUUUCUGUUCACUGAUUGGGGCUUUUUUGACAUUUCCUGGAUUACGACUGGCUCAAAUGCAUCUGGAUGCCCUGAAUUUGGCAACAGAAAAAAUUACACAAACAUUACUGCAUAUCAACUUCUUGGCACCUUUAUUUAUGGUUCUGCUCUGGGUUAAACCAAUCACCAAAGACUACAUCAUGAACCCACCGCUGGGAAAAGAAAGUGUCCCUUUAAUGACAGAAGCCACAUUUGAUACUCUGCGACUCUGGUUAAUAAUCCUGCUAUGUGCUUUGCGGUUGGCCAUGAUGCGAAGUCACUUGCAAGCAUAUUUAAACUUGGCCCAGAAAUGCGUGGAUCAAAUGAAGAAAGAAGCAGGCCGCAUAAGUACAGUUGAGCUACAGAAAAUGGUGGCUCGAGUCUUUUACUACCUUUGUGUCAUUGCCCUGCAGUAUGUGGCACCUCUGGUGAUGCUGCUUCACACGACUCUGCUUUUGAAAACACUAGGUAAUCAUUCCUGGGGGAUCUAUUCAGAAGCUGUCUCUGUCUCCCCAGUGGAUAACCUUCCUCCCAACUCCAUCUACUCUGAACUGCCGUCAGCUGAUGGGAAGAUGAAGGUGACUGUCACACAGAUCACGGUGGCACUGAGCAGCUUAAAAACCAUCUUCACCCCUCUCCUUUUUCGAGGACUUCUGUCUUUUUUGACAUGGUGGAUUGCUGCUUGCCUCUUUUCUACAAGCCUUUUUGGGCUUUUCUAUCAUCAAUAUCUGACAGUGGCAUGAAUUUCAAUCAAAAAUGGAUAUCCAAGUCACACUUUAAAUUCAAGUAUUUAUGCCCUUGAAGGGUUGACAAAAGAAGAAUACAAAUAGAAAGGAGAAAGAAAUUCUUGGAGUGUCUUGUUUGGAAUGCUCCCUCUGUACUCUCAGGGUGAAUCCUUGUUGUAAUAUUUAAAAUCCCAGGAUAGGUUGUUACACUGUUACACUGUGCCAUUGGAAUCGUAACUCACUGUAGUAACUAAUGGGAGAGGGCUAUUUGCAGGGGUGAUCCUUCUGAUUACCUUGGUUUACAGUGCGAAUCUCCAGCUAGGACUCCAGUUACUGGUUACUCUUCAUGGUGUUGUGGUACUGUUAUUGCUCUAGUUGCUGCCUAUAGAACAAUCUUCAAACUGAGCCAUGCUCUAUGGGAGGGAAAGGAACUAAAAUCACUUCUGUUGGUAAUGCAUUAGUCGUCAGACAAACAAAAUCCAACAGAAAGAAAGAGAAAGCUACUGUAUAUUACAGUAAGAAAAGCUGCAUAGUCAUUUUAAAUUGAAUGGAGAUAUAAAUAUCUAAUGUCUACAAGUACUGCUACUUGAAAGUAGCAAGAGUAUUGUUUUAAAGUGUAUGCCACCCAGGUUGAAAGUUUCGUUCAAAUGAUUAACCAUUUGAACAUUUGCAGUCCUUCUGUUAGUGUUGGGCCUGCUGUAUUUUAUUUCUGUGAUUCUACAUAGUUAAGUUUAAUCUAAAUAUAUUUAUCAAUACUGAUCAAAUUUUAAAAAUUACUUUGUAAUCCUGCUGACUAUGUGUAUGUAUUGUUUAUAUUAUAUAUUAAAUAUAUAAUAUAUGGAGGCUAUAAAAGAUGAAAAUAUUGAAUCCUUAUAAUAUUUUUAAGUUGCAGAAUGUUAAAAUGAUUUUAAUGAGAUGUAUUUGAAUCGAGAAAUUUUGUUUGGAAUGAGAUUAAAAUACGUUUUUUAAAGCUCUACAGAGUGUAAUUUAUUUGUUGUGUAUAUAUGUUUAGAUUAUGUGAUUUCGUCCAAAUUAAGUUUUUUUCUUUUUUUGCCUUUUUUAAACAUAAUUUCUUUUCUCAUACAGUAUGAUCUGAAUACAGUUUCCCUUCCCUAUGCUCCUCUCAGUUCCUCCCCACCUGCUCUCCAUCCAGAGCCACUCCCCUUCUGUCUCUCAUUAGAAAAGAACAGACUUCUGAGAAACAGCAACGAAACAUAACAAAAUAAAAUAUAAGAUAAAAUAAAAGCCACUGAAGUUGGACAGGCCAAGCAAACAGGAAAAUAAAGAGUACCAAGAGCAGCCCAGACUCAGAGGCCCACUCUUCAUACAUUCAAGAGCCCCAUACAGUGCUAAGCUGAAGCUGGUGUACAUGCAGGGGACCUGAUGCAGACCCGUGUCGGCCCUGGGCUGCUGCUUCAGUGUGUGCAUGCAUGUGUGCCUUCCUGAGGAAGGGGUUUGUUCUAGUAUCCUCUGUCGCCUUUGUCUCCUCAACCAACACCGUCUGUCUUUCCUGAGGAGUUCCCUGAGCUCGAAGGAGAGGGAUUUGAUGGAGACAUCUUGUUUUGAGCUAUGUGUUCCAAGGUGUGCCUCCCAUGACAUGCAGCUAUAGGUCUCUGUAUUUGUUCCCAUCCGCUGUAGGAGGAAGCCCCUGUGAUGAUUGCUGAAUAAAGCACUGAUGUCUAACAGCUGAUAUCCAGAUUUAAGCGAAUCAUACCAUAUUUCUCUUUCUGGGUCUGGAUUACCUCAGGAUUACUUUUUUUGUUGUUGUUUCAAAUUCCAUCCAUUUACCUGCAAAUUGCAUGAUGUCACUUUUUUUAAAAAGCCAAGUAACACUUCAUUGUAUAAAUGAACCAUGUUUUCUUUAUUCAUUCAUCUGUUGAUGGACAUCUAUGCUGUUUCCAGUUUCUGAGUUAGAGCAGCAAUACUAGAGCAAAUACAUCUCUGGUAGGAUAAAGCAUCCUUUGAGUAUAUAUGCUCAAGAAUGGUAUAGCUGGAUCUUGAGGUAGAUCAAUUCCCACAUUUUGAGGAAUCACCAUACUAAUUUCCAUGAUGGCCGUACAAGUUUGUACUCCCACCAGCAAUGGAAGAGUGACCACCUUGCUCCACAUCCUUGCCAGCAUGAGCUGUGGUGAUCUUAGCCAUUCUGACAGGUGUAAGAGGGAAUCUCUUAAGUAGUUUUGGUUUGCAUUAACCUGAUUUCUAAGGAUGUUAAACAUUCUUCAAGUAUUUCUCAGCCAUUUGAGUUUCCUGUAUUAAAAAUUCUGUGUAGAGCUUUACCUUAUUCGUUACUUGGUUUGUUUUUUGUGUUUUUUUUCUUUUGUUGUUGGUUUUUGUUUUUUUUUUUUUUUUGCUGUCUAGUUUCUUGAGUUCUUUGUGCAUUUUGAAUACUGAUCCUCUAUCACAUGUGGAGUUCGUGAAAAUAUUUUCCCGUUCUGUAGGCUGCCGCUUUGUCCUGCUGACUGUCCUUCGCCUUACACAAGCUUUUUCAGUUUCUAUUCGCUAAUUGUUGACCUUAGUGCUUGUGACAGUAGUGUUCUGUUCAGGAAGUUGUCUCCUCUGCCAACGAAUUCAAGGCUCUUCCUCCUCACUUUUUCUUCUACCAGGCGCAGUGUAUCUGGUUUUGAUUCGGUUGAUGAGUGUGUAUAUUUUUAUGCCAUUGCUGUGCUUUUUAUAAAUGUUACUAUAGCUUUGUAAUACAACUUGAGAUCAGGAAUGGUGAGACCUGGUACUAGGUCUUUUUGUUGUUGUUGUUCAAGACUUUCUGGUAUGCAGGGCUUUUUGUGCUUCUGUAUGGAGUUGAGAAUUAUUCUUUCAAGAUUUUUGACGAAUUGUGUUGAAAUUUUGAUGAGGAUUGUAUUGAAUAUGUAGAUUGCUUUUGGUAGAAUGGCCAGUUUUACAAUGUAAAUCCUACCAAUCCAUGAACAUGGGAGAUUUUUCAUCUUCUGAUAUCUUCUUCAGUUUCUUCGUACAAGUCUUUCAUUUGCUUCAUUAGAGUUACCAAGAUAGUUUAUAUUAUUAGGCUAUUUUAAAAGGUGUCAUUUCCUGAUUUCCUUCUCAGUCCAUUUGUCAUUUGUAUAUAGGAGGACUACCAAUUUUGGUGAGUUAAUCUUAUAUCCAUCCACAUCAUGCUAAAAGCUGAGGGAGUUCCUGGUGGAAUUUGUAGGGUCAUUUACUUUAUAUCAUAUGCAAAUAAACAUAUUUUGACUUCUUCCUUUCCAAUUUGUCUUAAUUCCUUUAGCCAGUACUUCAAGAAUAGAUAUGAAAAGAGUGGCAGGCCUUGUCUUGUUCUUGAUUUCAGUGGAAUUGCUUUGAGUUUCUCUUCAUUUAAUUUGAUGUUGGCUGGCUGCCGGCUUACUUUUAUUAUGUUUAGUUAUGUUCCUUGUAUUCCUAAUUGCUCUAAGACUUUUAUCAUGAAGGUAUUGGAUUUUGGUAAAGGCCUUUUCAGCAUCUAAUGAGAUUAUCGUGUGCUUUUUUUUUUUCAGUUUGUUCACAUGGGAGAUUAUGUUUAUUGAUGUUCAUACGUGGAACCAUCGCUGUACCACUGUAAUAAAGUCUUCAUGAUCAUGACCUGGAACUCAGAUCCACCUGCCGCUGCCUCUGAAGUGUUAUAAUUAAGGUUAUAUGCCACUAUGCCUGCCUACCAAAUGAUAUUUUUGCAUCCGCCAAUUAGACCAGUAUAGUUCUUUGUAACGCUUACAUUAGACUCUGAUCAUCAGAAUAUGUUUCAAAGGCCAAGUAUUUUAUUUUAAUCUAUUUGACACAAUAAAUGGGAAACUUUAUAACACUUCCUUGUACAAUUUGUAGAAUUCAAGAUGGGCAGUAAUGGCACACACCUUUAAUCCCAGCACUCCUGAGGCAGAGGUAGGUGGAUGUCCGUGAGUUCAAGGUCAGUCUGAUCUAUAGAGCAAGUUCCAGGAUGGGCACCAAAAUUACAGAGAAAUCCUAUCUCGAAAAACAAAACAAUAAAAACACGCCACAAUUUGUAGAAUUCAUUUCACAAUUUGUAGAAUUCAUUUGACAGUUUUGGUCCUGUUUCCUCUUCUUCCCACAUUUCUGAAAUGAAAAGCAUUUAACUUUAUUGUAAUAUUUGUAUGUAUUUUUAUUAUCUUUUCUUCAAAUCCCAGUUGUGCUUGGAGUGACCAAUGCAUGAAAGC